UGCCAAUGAGGAUCUUUCCGUCAAAAUUAAAAAUAUUUCCCUUACUUUUGGCAUUGCUAGUUUUCAUUUUCUGGCUUUUCUCGGAUUCAAAGCAAAGCGAUUUUCUGGAAGAAAUCCUGGUGAUCCAGAGAAAUGUCACGACGGUGAUGCACGACGAGCAGUUUUGUGUUGGUUAUAACUUCCUGGAGGCCGAAGAUACAUUCCGAGAAGACGGCUUGGAACCAGUAACUCUUGCUAUUCAUGGCACUCCAGAAGUUUUGCAACUAUUGGGGAAUAAGCCUUUGAACUGGGAUGGGCCUAUUUCAUUUGGUCUAUUCGUAGAUUUUCAUUCCCAAAAGGCCCUGAAUUAUAUUUCCAUGCUACAUAAAUGUGAUGCAGCUUUUAAAAGACAGAUGACUGUCCACUUUGCAUUCCGAAUCUCACCAUCUCAAUCCGAAUGCCCAAUGAUUCAAGUUCUUGGGUAUCAGGAUUGUGCCACAUUUUUACAGAAAAGCAAGCAGCUCCUUGAGGAAAUUGAGGACUCUUUUCAAAUCUACCCGAUAAACCUAAUGAGAAAUAUUGCUCGGCGCGGAGCAAAGUCGGAUUUACACUUGAUAAUCGAUACAGAUAUGAUGAUGAGCACCAACUUUGCAAAGAUGGUAAAACCAAUCGCAAAUCGGAUGAUUGAUGGGAAGAAUAAGCAAGUGUUGGUUGUUAGACGUUUCGAGACCAACGAAAAUGAGCUACCAAUGAGCUUUGGGGAUCUUGAGGAGGGAAUUGAAAAUCAUAAAACAUUCCAGUUCCAUCACAAAUUCUUUUUCGUUGGUCAUCAAAUUCCCAACUUGAUGGAAUGGUUCGAAAGAUCUCACGCCUCUAAUGAUGUGGUGGCAUGGGAGAUUCCAUACACUGGAAAUGAUUGGGAAGUUCAAAUCAUUCUUCACCGCAACGAUCCAUAUAAUGUAGAGUAUUUUCCUUCGCGAGUCAAGGAUAUGCAGUCUUUGAUCUACAAGUUAUGCCGUGCAAACUACACCUUCAAUUUGCUCUCUCAUGUGUUCAAUGUUCAUAAAGGAAUCAAAGAAGAUGAUACCAUGUACUCGAAGGUUGUGACUGCUCACACAAAACGGCAAGGAAGAUUGAGGACGCUUUCUCGAUAUGUCACUGAAAUUGACAGGAAAUACCCGGAUACCAUGAAACGAUGUGGGCAGUUUUUGUUAUAAAUACUCAUUACUGACAUAAUAAAAAGUUUUUGAGAGAGUGUAAA